AGCUGGGAAUCGAUUCCUCUGCUCAUGGUAUUUGACAUUCAAUGAAUUCAAGAGCCCCCUUUCGCCAACCCUUCAGUGUAGUAAUGGCUAGUCUGUUCCCAUAGUUCAACCUGCAAGGAGUUUCAGUGUUUCACAGCACGCCAAUACGGACGCCAGCAGGGCUUCAACUGGGUUAGAAUUUCGGCGCCUCUCUGCGGAUUAAGUAAAUCAUUCCCUAACUUCUCUUCCCCAUUGAAUUUGUUCAUCCUCCUAGUCCAGUGAUCAUAAAUUCAUAACCAUAAGAGAUCGGCUUCCCACGUGUGUUUGUUCAUCUCGCUAGUGUAUUUAAUCAUUCUGCACACAACAAACCUCUAAAGAAAAGAAAAAUGCCCACCUUGGUUCACAUUUCCUCUGUCCCACUUCCUGCCCUUCUCCUUCUUCUACUCUCACUCUCCCAGAUCCAUAUUCAACCGGCGACCGCUGCCGGCGGCAACGAAACGGACAGACUAGCACUUCUCCAACUCAAGUCAACACUAAUAGACCCACUGGGAGCUCUGAGCUCAUGGAACCAAACCCUCCAUUUCUGCCAAUGGCAGGGAGUAACCUGCAACAACGAGACAGAGCAGAGAGUGACCCAACUCAACCUCGAGUUAAACCGACUCAGCGGUUCAAUCUCCCCACACGUUGGCAACUUGAGCUUCCUAACUCACCUCGUCCUCAACAACAACACCAUCUCCGGCGAGAUCCCGCCGGAGAUCGGCCGCCUCCGCCGCCUCCAGGAUCUCGUCCUGGCCCAGAACUCCAUCUCCGGCACGAUCCCUGCAAACCUCUCCGCCUGCUCGAAUCUCACCAUGUUGCGAGUGGGUUACAACGGUUUAACCGGAGAAAUCCCAAUCGAGCUCUGCAAACUCAUGAACCUCCAGCUGCUUUCAAACCAUUUCAAUAACCUCACCGGCAAUUUCCCUUCCUGCUUCGGCAACUUGUCUUCCCUCCAGGCGAUCUCCGCACCUAGGAAUGAGUUCUUCGGCGGGAUUCCAGAGUCUCUGGCCUGGUCGAGAAGCCUAAGAAUCGUUUCUUUCGGGGCGAACCGAUUUUCCGGUCCGUUCCCGCUUCAGUUCUUCAAUUCGUCUUCAAUUCAGGCGAUCAGCGUCAUGGACAAUCAACUCACCGGAACCCUCCCGCCAGAAUUGGGAUUUACUCUGCCGAAUCUGUUCCAUCUGAAUUUGGUUCUCAAUAAUUUCACCGGCCGAAUUCCUGACUCGUUGUCCAACGCAACAAACCUGCAAAUUUUCGACCUUGGUCACAACAAUUUCCAUGGCGGAGUUCCUUCUCUGGCGAAACUGAACCGGAUUCAAUUCCUGGGAAUGAUGAACAACAGCUUAGGACAUGGAGGUAAAGAUGGCGUGGACGAUCUUCUCUUCCUUGAUUCUCUAACAAACAGCUCGUUUCUGGAAGUGGUCAACGUCGGGAUGAACAAUUUCUACGGGAAGUUGCCUCACAGCAUAAGCAAUUACUCAACGACUUUCAUCAGGCUGGCGCUAAUGCUAACCCCGGGGAUUACAGGAACAAUUCCGCCGGGACUUGAUAAGUUUAUCAACUUGGAGCAGCUGGAUUUCAACGACAACAAUCUCUCCGGCGAAAUUCCUGUUGAAUUGGGGAUGCUACCCAAGUUGAUGACACUUCAGAUUCAGAACAAUAACUUGACAGGAAAAAUUCCUUCCAAUAUUGGCAACGGGACCAAAUUGCUCCAUGUUUGGCUGGAAGGGAAUCACCUGGAAGGCGAGAUUCCUCCCAGCUUCGGGAAAUGUCAGGAUUUGUCGGCGCUGAGUCUCGGGGAGAACAAACUCAGCGGUGAGAUUCCGGUGGAGAUUCUCAACCUCCCGGCCUUGGGUUUGGUUUUCAACCUCUCCUGGAACAGGUUGAGUGGCCGGAUUCCUGAUGAAGUUGGGAACUUGGUCAACUUGGGCGAACUCGAUCUCAGCAAUAACAUGCUGUCAGGUUCAAUCCCGUCCAAUUUGGGGAAGUGUGUGAGAUUGGAGACCCUGAACCUGAUGGGGAACUUGCUUCAGGGCCCUGUCCCUUCAUCUCUUAGGGAGCUCAAAGGUUUGGAAAUUCUGGACCUUUCUCGCAACAACUUGUCAGGAGAAGUACCAGACUUUCUCCAGGAGUUCACCUCGUUGGUGACCCUCAACUUGUCCUACAACCAUUUCCAAGGUCCUCUGUCGACGCAGGGAGUUUUCAGGAAUGCAACUAAAGCUUUGGUCAUGGGGAAUAAUGAGCUCUGUGGGGGAAUGCCUGAGUUUGGAUUACCAAAGUGCUCCGUGGAGAGUUCCAGGAAAGGCGGUCUCAGCACGAUAGUGAAGAUCAUAAUCUCGGUUGUAAGUUGUCUCUUAGGGCUCAUUGCUCUUCUUUCAUUCUUGUACUUUCGGUUCCCGAGGAAGAAAACCAAAGACCCUGAAGCAGCUUCACCCUUUACUGGGAACACACUUCUGGGGACUACAUAUCAUAAUCUACUCCAAGCAACCGAUGAAUUUUCGUCUGCUAAUUUGCUCGGAGCAGGCAGCUAUGGCUCUGUGUAUAAGGGGCUUAUAGCCAUAGAUGACAACACCAAGAUGUUUGUUGCUGUCAAGGUGCUGAACCUUCAGCAUGCCAGAGCGUUCAAGAGCUUUGUAGCAGAAUGCGAGGUGUUGAAGAACAUAAGGCACAGGAAUCUUGUCAAGUUGCUGACCGUGUGUUCAGGAAUCGACUUCCAGGGUAAUGAUUUCAAGGCCCUGGUGUAUGAGUUCAUGGUUAAUGGGAGCUUGGAGGAAUGGCUUCAUCCCGGGCUACUUGAUGAACAAGAAACAGGAAGAAGGGAGGAGUUAAGUGUCUUCCAAAGGUUGAACAUAGCUAUUGAUGUUGGUACUGCAUUGGAUUAUCUUCAUAACGAUAGUGGAGUACCUGUGGUUCACUGUGAUCUCAAGCCUAGCAAUAUCUUGCUGGAUGUCAAUAUGAUGGGACAUAUUGGUGACUUUGGGUUAGCAAAGUUUCUCCCACAAGUGGCGCUCAGCAGCCCAGCAACAAGCUCUUCAAUUGGUGUUAGAGGAACAGUUGGUUAUAGCGCACCAGAGUACGGGAUGGGUAGUGAUGUAUCGACCAGUGGAGAUGUGUACAGCUACGGAAUUCUGUUGCUGGAGAUGUUCUUAGGGAGAAGGCCUACAGAUGAAACGUUCAGAGAUGGGUUAAAUCUCCAUAACUUUGCAGCAGCUUUGGGUGAUAACGCAGCAGAGAUCAUUGGUCUCAUUGUUGUUCCAGGAAGAGAAGAGGACAACAGCAGCAGAUCAAGCCACGAUCAUAGCAAGAAGGAAAAGCAGAAGGUGUUGAUGGAGGCAAUGGUUUCGAUAAUACAAGUUGGGGUUGAAUGUUCAAAUGAAAUGCCAAGAGAAAGAAUGAGUAUAAGUGAUGCUGCAACUAAGCUAGCAGCAGUUAGAGACAAACUGGUGAAAGCUGGAAUGUAACCAAGAGACAUAAUUAGUAACAGUUUUAGCAUUGACUGGUUCCAAG